GCAAAAGAGAUGGGAAAGGCGGCAGCUAUAGGGAACACAAGACAACUCUAUAGACUAAUAAAAGAAACUGGAAUUAAAAAGUCAAGUGUAAGUCAGACUAUUUCGGAAAAAACGACACUCAUCUGCCCCCAGUCCAGACGUUUAGAACGAUGGGCGGAACAUUUUAGAAAACAGUUCAGCUGGUCUUUAGCUACUCUACAACUACCCUCCAUUGCCAGACAGUGUGAAUGGAACAUUGAAGUAAGUCCUCCAACUCUAGCUAAAGUUCAAAAGGCUAUAGUUAAUCUAAAACGAGGAAGGGCAGCUGGUCCAGAUGGAUUGGCUCCAGGGGUCUUUAAGGAUGGUGGUCCAAUUUUAGCGACUAGGUUGACGAAUAUUUUAGCUAAAAUCUGGGAGUUGGACAUAAUCCUCUCUGACUGGUCACAAUCACUUAUCGUCCCAAUAUAUAAGAAAGAGUCAAAAUCAUCCUGUGACAACCAUAGAGGGAUUAGUUUAACUAAUAUAGUACCUAAAAUACUAGCCUCGAUAAUUUUCGGACGCCUAACUAAGACUCGUGAACUGCAAACAUGAGAGAAUCAAGCUGGCUUCAGACCUGGUCGUGGAUGCAUAGACCACAUAUUCACCGUUCGUCAGGUUCUAGAACACAGGCAUACUUAUCGGCGUCCGACAAUAGUGGUCUUCCUCGACUUAAAAGCAGCAUUUGACUCUGUAGAUCGAGAGGUUCUGUGGCAGUGUCUGUCAUUGAAAGGCGUACCUCAGAAGUACAUAAACCUUAUGAAGGCUCUUUACUCGAACACUACUAGUCGGGUCAGAGCUUAUGGCGAACUGUCAUCUGAUUUCGCAACCUCAAGUGGUGUCCGUCAAGGCUGUCCACUUUCUCCUUUUUUGUUUAACUUUAUCAUAGACCUCCUGAUGGAAAUAAUGCUUCCAUCGACUGAAUUCCCGGGUAUUGAUCUCCUACCAGGAGGUCCACUUAUGGACUUAGAAUACGCAGAUGACAUAGUCCUGUUUGGUGAAGACGCUGAUAAAAUGCAGAGUCUUUUGGUAGAACUGAGCAACAAUGCCAGAAUGUUUGGGAUGCGUUCCCCACCUCUAAAUGCAAGUUGUUGCUUCAGGACUGGUCUGCGUCAAUACCUGAACUAAGGAUAGGGAGUGAAGUAGUCGAACGUGUCGACAACACUUAUUUUGGAGAUCUGAUCAGCCCAAAUAAGUUGAUGUCUGACGAAAUCUCUGCACCGAUUCAGAAACCUCGUUUGGCUUUUGCCAACUU